AUGGAAGAAGGUGCUGCAGCCCAAACUGAACAAACACAACCAACAGCUGCUGCUGGAGGAGAAGCCAAAAGAGGUGAAAGAGGCGAAAGAGGCGGAAGAGGCGGCUUCGGAAGAGGCGGAGCCAGAGGUGCCAGAGGAGGUGCCAGAGGUGGUGCUCCCAGAGGUGGUAGACCCGACGACAAGGAUUGGGUUCCCCUAACCAAGCUUGGAAGACUCGUUAAGUACAACAUGAUCAAGUCACUCGAAGAAAUCUACACCCACUCUAUUCCCAUCAAGGAAUCACAAAUCGUUGAUGAGCUCCUCUCUAGAGCCAAGAAGGAAUUAUCUGACGAGGUUAUGAAGAUCAUCACCGUCCAAAAGCAAACCAAGGCCGGUCAAAGAACCAGAUUCAAGGCCGUCGUUGCCGUCGGUGAUCUCGAUGGUCACGUCGGUCUCGGAGUAAAGGUCGCCAAGGAAGUCCAAAUUGCCAUUAAGGGUGCCUUGGUUGCUGCUAAGCUCUCACUCAUCCCAGUCAGAAGAGGUUAUUGGGGAAACAAGAUCGGUAAUGUCCAUACAGUCCCAGUUAAGGUUACCGGAAAGUGCGGUUCAGUCAGAGUUAGACUCAUCCCAGCUCCAAGAGGUACUGGUAUCGUCGGUGCCCCAACCUCAAAGAAACUCCUUCAAUUCUCUGGAGUCGAAGAUUGCUUCACCAGCACCACUGGUUCAACCAAGACUCUUGAGAACUUCAUUAAGGCUACUUUCGAUGCUCUUCAAAACUCUUAUGGUUUCCUUACCCCAGAUCUCUGGCCAAAGACUGAUUUCCUCCCAUCUCCAUUCAUUACCUACUCCAAGUACUUAAUGGAAUAUGCUGAAAAGAAAAACACCAGAGAAGACAGAGGUGAAAGAGGUGGCCGUGGAAGAGGCAGAGGUGGUCCAAGAGGCGGCAGAGGCGGCCCAAGAGGCUUCGGAAGAGGCGGCAGAGGCAGAGGUGGCCCAAGAGGCGAGAACGCUGAAGGUGCCGGAGAUGCUCAACCAUCAGGAGAAACUGCUCAAGAAUGA